CUGGUCAGUCAUGCAGGGUUCACCCCGAAGGCGUUCGGCAGUGAGUAUUUUUAGCAACUUUUUCCAGGGUCGGAGGCAUUCCUCCUCCGAUCCCCUUCUUCGCAUAAUCCAGAGGCGCCGGAGCUCCGUUGUAGAGGUACUCUCAUCAUCGACUCACCGGGUUAUGGUGGCGGUAUCGUCUCUGAGCCCUGAGGAGCUGGAUGCAACUUUUCCUGAAAAAAAAAGAAGUUCGAGGCGUCCGACAGCAAAAUACACUAAAGUCGGGGAGCGCCUUCGCCAUGUCAUUCCUGGUCACAUGCAGUGCUCAAUGGCAUGCGGUGGACGUGCUUGCAAGUAUGAAAACCCAGCUCGAUGGAGUGACCAGGAGCAAGCCAUUAAAGGGCUCUUCUCUUCUUGGAUAACAGAUAACAUACUGGCUAUGGCUCGACCCUCAACAGAAUUAAUUGAAAAGUACAACAUCAUUGAACAGUUUGAAAGAUGUGACAUAAAAACCAUAAUUAACCUUCAGCGUCCUGGGGAGCAUGCGAGCUGUGGGAAUCCACUGGAACAAGAAAGCGGCUUCACCUACCUUCCUGAAGCUUUUAUGGAGGCUGGAAUUUAUUUUUAUAAUUUUGGAUGGAAGGAUUAUGGAGUGGCAUCUCUCACUACUAUACUUGAUAUGGUAAAAGUCAUGGCUUUCGCCUUACAGGAAGGGAGGGUAGCUGUUCAUUGUCAUGCAGGACUUGGUCGGACAGGUGUUCUAAUAGCUUGCUACUUAGUUUUUGCAACAAGAAUGAGUGCUGAUCAAGCAAUUCUUUUUGUCAGAGCAAAAAGGCCUAAUUCUAUUCAGACUAGAGGGCAGUUACUAUGCAUCAGAGAAUUCACUCAGUUUUUGGUUCCUCUGAGAAAUGUAUUUGCAUGCUGUGAGCCCAAGGCACACACAGUGACACUGUCCCAGUACCUGACCCGUCAGAGACAUCUGCUCCAUGGUUAUGAGAGUAGACAUCUCAAACACGUGCCAAAACUUAUUCAUCUAGUGUGCAAAUUGUUGCUAGAUUUGGCUGAAAACAGACAAGUGAUAGAGGCAGAAUUGUUAGAUAUACCAGAUCUCUCAGCUGAAAUUGAAGAGACUGUCUCUCAGUUGGUGUCCACACAGCUAGACAGAGAACUCGCAAGGCAGGACAGUGAUACGUCAGACUCCUCCCACACCCACUCGUCCACUUUCGAGACCCAGGAUUCUCUUUUCUCCCUGGGACAUGAAUGUGAUCCUCUUUGGAAAAGAAGGAAUGUUGAAUGCCUUCAGCCUCUUACUCAUCUGAAAAGGCGUCUAAGCUAUAGUGAGCCAUAUUUAAAGAGAACUGAGUUUCUUUUAGAUCAGGGAGAGACUGCAUGGACAGUACCUGCUCAGAUAUUACUGUGCAACAAACUUAAGCAGAACAGUGGUGAGGAAUCUUCUGCCACAGGCGAACAAAAGCCACAGUUGGAUUUAAACAAAGCAGCGUUAGUGUGUAAUACAUCUAUGUUCUGGAGUCAAGGUAAAUUUAAUUUGGAUGGACAAAAAGAUGGAUCCUCACUUUAUCACAGAAGGAACUCUACCACAGAAGUAAAACGCAGCAGAACAUUUUCUUCAGGUCUAGCAUCUAUCCCAAAUACCAGGGAACCUGGAAUGUCAAGGCAUAAUUUUGCCAAUGAGAUUGGUCAUAGAAAAGACUGCAAGACUAAGAUGUAUAGCAGAAGAGUCUAUGUCUCUGAGGACUCUGAUUCUUCUUCUUCUAAAAUGAACUUUUCCAUCGGAUAUGAAAGCCAAGGUAGCAAAGAUGUGCCAGAGGCAAUUCCACACAUUGUUCUGCAGUCAGAAUUAAGUUUGGAAGCCUGAAGAGUUUUGGCAGCAAAAGCACUUGCAGAUAUAAAUCUAUUUCUGGGAGAGGAUGAAGUGAAGCAGAAGGUAGAAAUGUGGCAG